UGCCAUAAACACUCCAUACAGUGCGGUGUGAGGGUUUUGUCUUUCUGUUAUUCCCAGUGAGACAAAUCAUCAUGCUUCUUCACCCGUUUCUUCUGUUAAUUUAACAUAUUACCUGGUGUUCCAUCCAGCAAACCACUGUGUGUGCAAGAGAAGGUGGAUACCAUGUACGUACGUAAUACAUAUAUGUACGUGUAUGGGGAGAAAGAGAGAUGGAGAGCCCGAGAAACCAAGAACCAGACACUUUUCUUGGUGUGAUUUCGCUGUGGCUGAAGAACAAGAUCAAAACUUGGCGAUCAGUGGCCUCUUCAACCGUCGAUCGAGUCAAACGUGUUCUCGCGCCGUUCUCGCGGUUUCUCCUCUAUUCACUUGGGCAUCCUCCUCUUGUGCACCAACAGAAAAAAACGAAGGCAAAAGAAUAUAAAUUAAACGGAGAACAAAAGAUCAAUUUAGUCAAGUUUAGUAAUUAGUUUCAUUUAUCUCAACAGUCAAAUUAGUUAUUUAAUUAUGAUAAUUUCGCUGUGAAGAAGAUAAAUUCAGAAAAAAGUGAUAUUUUGUGAAGAGACUGUGACGAAGAGAGAGAAGAAAAAAAAAACGAGAUAUUUGAACACCCUCAUUUCGCGAAGAAGUGAAUCAUGUCCGGCAGUAGUGUCCUUGCUGUAGUGUCCCUCUUGGCAAUUUGUGGUCCCCUCACAACGGGCUUCUCAAUAAUUCCUGGCAAAUACGACGUGUACAAUCAUAAAAGUGUCUCACAGCAUGUGGAGUACAAGAAGAAUCUCUUUGGAUAUGGCACCAAUCGUGCACCCGCCCACGAUACACCACCCAGUGCCUGCAAGUGCAGAUGCGGUGAACGGAAUGAUGCCUCCCGCAUCGUUGGCGGUCAGGCGGCCGGAGUAAAUGAGUUCCCGUGGAUGGCACGACUCAGUUACUUCAAUCGCUUCUACUGCGGUGGAAUGCUCAUCAAUGACCGCUACGUGUUAACAGCUGCACACUGUGUUAAAGGGUUUAUGUGGUUCAUGAUUCGCGUCACAUUUGGUGAGCAUGAUCGCUGCAACGAAACAUUCCGCCCCGAAACGCGAUUUGUUCUUCGUGCAAUCGUCAAUGAUUUCAGCUUUACAAAUUUCAACAACGACAUUGCUCUUCUUCGUCUCAAUGAUCGUGUACCCAUCACGGACUUUAUUCGUCCAAUUUGCCUUCCAAAUCCCAAAGCCACUGAUGCUUCCUACAUUGGGCGCAAAGCGAUAGCAACGGGAUGGGGAACACUCAAGGAGGAGGGUAAACCAUCGUGCAUACUUCAAGAAGUCGAAGUUCCUGUUAUAUCAAACGAAAGAUGUGUCAGUGAGACAAAUUACACGCAGAAGAUGAUUACUAACAAUAUGCUCUGUGCUGGAUAUCCUGGUGUUGGUCAGAAAGAUUCAUGCCAGGGCGACUCCGGUGGACCCCUUGCAAUGCAGCGUGAGGACAAGCGAUAUGAAUUAAUUGGCAUCGUAUCGUGGGGCAAUGGAUGUGCUCGUCCCAACUAUCCCGGUGUUUACACACGCGUUACGAGAUUUGUGGAGUGGAUUCGAGCCAAUUCAUAUGAUGGAUGCUUCUGCAAUGAAUAAUAUUUAAUCUGCCUCUCUCUCUGCCUUUGCUUCCCGCCUUCCAUUCAUUCUCACAACAAAAAUGAUAUAUACCCUGUACGUUAACAUUGAAAUGUUUGCGCGCCUGUCUCAUGUGCACCGGAGACUCUUUAAACCACUUUUCGACGUGCGCCCAACACCUUUUUGCACCGAGCAAAAAUCUACAUAUAUAUCUUCAAAAAUAAGAAAACUCCAACCUCCAAUAACUGUGAAUUGGAUGUUGUUGAGUAACAGGAAGGAUAUACACAUUUUAUAAAUAAAGUUUUAGCAUAUGUUGGAGUGGAAAAAAAGAGCAACAUAAAUGUUGUGCUGGGGAAGAUGAAGUGAAUCGUUGGGUAAAAGAAACCGGUCCCCAUUUGGUGUGAUGGAGCACUAUAUGGAUGAAUGUUGGCAAUGAACUUGGAAAUUUUUUAGUGACUAUGAAAAUGUAAAUAGAAUUAAACACAAAAGAGCUUCUUUUAAAACUCCGCAACACCGCAUAUUACUUUCUUCAUAUCUAUAAUUUUUAUGGCUUGGUAUGAUGUCUUGUAUGUGAGAUGAGAAACGCGACUCAUUGAAGACAAAACAUCAUUUGCCAUUAAACCUGUGAGAAAUCUAACAUGAUACACACCAUCUCUCUUCACUCACCGAGAUUAUGUUGCAACAAUUCUCUUUUGCAAAUUUAAACUCUUCUAUAUAAAUACAGAAAAUAUAUUGCUCAAUUUAUGUGAAGAAAAUGUGCUUUUUUUCCAGUAAAAAAAGAACAAAAAGAGAUGCGAGAACUCGUAAAAAUGUAGUGUUAAUGUCACUUUCGAAAUAAAAUGUAAUGGAGAGAUAGUUUUUUUUACGAAAUAAAACAACUAAAAUUGUA